GUUGAUCGUGGCUUGUCGCCUUUGACGGAAUAUACGCCAUAACGCCAUGCGGCUGUUUGCGCUAUUUUUGUGUGCUCAGUACCUGGUAAGCUGCAAUGCUUGGACAACGGAGCGCAGUGUAUGGGGCAACCGUUUGCCUCCCGUCUGGAGCGACCCCCUUCAACCACCAGCUUCGCCCUCCCUCACUGACCUCUUAGCCAUGCAGCCCGUAUCGACACCAAACCCACUGGCUGCGACAACAAGAGGACAGUUGACAACAGCAAAACCCAAGCUAGACACCUCAACUGCAGCCGCUGUUUUUUCGACUAAUGCCGCUACAACGCCAGCUCCAAAGGCCACGCCAGAUUUCAAUGCACGUUGGCAGUCUUUGAUAAAACAAACUGUUGACAUUGCCUCUCAUCCGAAAGUUGAUAUUGCGAAUCUAACAGCGUCAUUAGUGUCUGCUCUAUUACUUCAAUCAGUUACAACAACAGAAGCUCCAGUAGCAACAACAACAGUUGCGCCAACAACCUCCAGCAAGCCAGGUCUAGACCCCAAGCCUAUCCUGCAGAUGACAUUAGGGGAGAUACUAUUGGCGGCCUCAAGGGACAAAGUUGUGAAUGGUGACACGAAUCCUUCAACAAAGCCGAAGACAACAGAAUCUCCAGUUGAGAAGCGCGGAUGUUUUUUUGACAACAAGUGGUACCAGCCGUUGUCGGAAAUUGAGCGCGGCCAGACGGGAUCCUGGUGUUACGGAUCUUAUUGCAACCACGAGAGCAUGGUGAUCCACUGGGACGACCACAACUGUACAAUCAGCACCACGGCGCCCACCCGUUCCAAUACCGGAAGUGACGUACACCUGUUCAAUCAACUCGUUAAUAUCGCGAAACCUUUGACGCCGUCACCGAAGUCGCCGGCAUCUUUGAAUGCGGACCUCGAUCCCGCGACAAUGAAUCAAUUUUACAACCAGUUUGUAGCUUUGGGUGCUCCUAUUACUGGCGACGUGGGAAUGCUUAUGCCAGGGUCACAGAGUUCCGGAGGUGGAUCAAAUUUAGCUUCACUGGCCGCGUUGGAUCCAUCACUAUUGUCGAAGCUCCAAGAAACAAUGGGUCCUAAUCUCGGAGGCGUCGGAAGCGGCGCGAUAGGAGGUCCGGCUUUGGGCGGUAGUAGCGGACCAGGCUGCUUCCAUGAAGGGAGGUUGUACUCUCCAGGAGCGGACAUAACGAACAAUAGGGAAUAUGGUCACUGUUACGGCACAUAUUGUGAUUUUAAUUCGAAAGUAGUGCACUGGAGUGACAGGUGUGCACAGACUAUGGCCCCGCCAACUCAGUCCUACCAGGAUUUGCAUAGACAGCUACAGCAACUUGACUUACUGAAGAAAUAGAUACACAACGAAACAGUUAAACGUUUAUGGGCAAGAAGGGAUCACUUUAUGCCUUCAUUCAACGGCGGACCGUUUUAUAGGAGCAAGAACGGAUCGCAAAAAUCAAUUUUAGCCUUCCUUAGAAUGAAUGAAUAUAUUCAACUCACAUAUUUCCAUUCGGCGAAAGAAAAUGUAAGAUCUGUAAUUUAACUAAAACCGAUUCAAUUGUUUGGGAUAGAUGAUUUCUUUCAGUAACACAAUGAUAAUUGCGUGUAUAAUGAAGGUUAUAUUAAAAUAUGAACGCCCGCUGAAAUAUUUUUCCAACUGUGCAUACCACUAAAUGAGUGUCUGACAAAACUGGAGUUGCCGUUCAGAAUGAGCAGUAUCGUGUGACAGAGAACACAUUUACAGACGAAGGGGUUCACUUUAUAGCUUUAUAUUUGAAUCAUUGUGUUUUAACUAGUUUACUAUAAUUACUUUCUUAACAUUAUGCUUUAUGUCAUAUUUUUAUAUUGCGGUGAAGUGAUUUGUAACUUUUAUAAACAUUGACUUCUCCGCAAUGUAACGAGAAAAAGCUUCUUUCAAGGAAUACAUAAGCAGUCAUUAUGUUGCAUAUCACACACAUGAUACAAAAAAUUUAGAUUUUCGCAAUUCUUUGGUAUUUCGAAAUAAGUAUACGUAUAAGUAUGGAUGAUUAUAUGUUAUACUUAUUACGUUUAGUGAAUGCACUUGUGUGUGACUGCCUAUAAACAGAACUGUAAAUCAGUAAUAAGACAACGUCAUGUUAAUCCUGAGCAGCGGCUAGGAAAAUAGUUGACAGAUGACCCCUCAACUGUGUGUACAGGUGAAGGAAAGCAUGAAUCAGUACUUAUUGAAUACAAUGUAAAACAUGUUGAUAAUACUUUUUGCAAGUAAAGAGAUCAAUGUAUUGUACCUGUAUUUCAAUGUAUGCUUUUGAUAAAAAUUACAUGCUUAUACCAUGUCCACAUGCCAAAAAGGCAAACUUCGCUAGCAUGUAUGAUUGUUCCCAGUGACAAAACGUGUUUGUUUUAUUACUCGUAUUUGCCUUUUGUGAACGGUUGCAUGUCAUUGUAAGUUAUGUUUAUAC